GAGAGAGAGAAUAGCUUUGUGGGUUUGGCAUCCUCUCUCUCUCUCUCUCUCUCUCUCUCUCUCUUCUCGUUUGUCAUCAAUGGCGUUUUGGGUGGAGCUUUACGCAACCAAUCACCCCUACCCUUGAUCAAAAUCUUCCUCCAUAGCUCUACUCCAAUCCCAUUACCCUUCAAUCUCUCUCUCUCUCUCUCUCUCUCUCUCUCUAUGGCUCUCCCGGAUCGCAGAGUUUCUCUUCUGCAUCCUUGCGAUUUGUGAUGGUUUCGAUGGUGAAGUUCGCUUUUUGAUGCCUGAACAGUCCAAUGCUUCUUGGCUAGUCGCCUGAUUUCGAUUGGAUCGGAAAACCCAGUUGUCCUUUUUUUCUUUUUUUCCUUUUUGCCCGAAGGAAUUCCAUGGGCAACAGCGGAAGCACCGGCGGGAGCGGCCGCCGGAGGCACGGGAGACGGCGCACCCACCAUUUCCCCCCGGGGGAGCAACCGCCGCAGCCCCCGGAGGUCACCUCCAACAGGUACGUCGUCGCGGCGGCGACGACGUACCCGCCCCAGUACCCGAGCCCUAACCCCCCUCCGCAGUACUACCAGUACCCUGCCUAUUACCCUCCGCCCCCGCCGGCGAUGCCCAUGCCGCUCCCGGCGCCGUACGACCACCACCACCACCACCAGGCGCCGCGGGGAGGUGGCGGUCCGCCGCAUGCGGAGCAGGGCCACGGGAAUUGGGUCGGCGGGAGGUACCCGUGCGGGCCGGUUAUGAUGAUGCCUUAUGUGGAGCACCAGAAGGCGGUUACCAUUAGGAAUGCUGUGAACAUAAAGAAGGAGACACUGAGGAUUGAGCCUGAUGAGGAGAAUCCUGGGAAGUUUCUGGUUUCCUUCACUUUUGACGCCACUGUCGAUGGAAGAAUCACUUUGGUUUUCUUUGCAAAGGAAGUGGAGGACUGUAGUCUCGGUGCAAUGAAACAAGACCUUCUACCACCAGUAAUGGUGGAAUUCAAGGAAGGUCUUGGCCAGAAGUUUAAACAGCCCUCUGGAACAGGAAUCGGAUUUUCAAUGUUCGAGGAGACAGAAUUAAGAUAUAGUAACACUGACGUGUAUCCUCUAGCAGUGAAGGCAGAGGCAUCCUUGGGUACCCAGAAAGGUCCUGACGGGAAUGCCAUGUCUGGAACCGUGAACUCUCAGAUUACUCAGGCUGUGUUUGAGAAGGAGAAGGGCGAAUAUCAGGUGCGGGUCGUGAAGCAGAUCUUGUGGGUGAAUGGGAUGAGGUAUGAGCUGCAGGAGAUUUAUGGCAUCGGGAACUCGGUCGAGAGUGAUGUUGAUGGAAAUGACCCUGGAAAGGAAUGUGUGAUCUGCCUGUCAGAACCAAGGGACACAACUGUCCUUCCCUGCCGACACAUGUGUAUGUGUAGCGGGUGUGCCAAGGUUUUGAGGUUCCAGACAAACAGGUGUCCCAUUUGCCGGCAACCAGUUGAGAGGCUUCUGGAGAUCAAGGUCAGCGGUGCUUCUGACGAAUGAAGUUGCCAUUAAUUAGCAUCCUCAUGCUGUAUCAUAGUCCUCCGGUUUUGUUCCUUUUUUGUUUUUAUUUUCUUUGAAAUUCUUUUUUCUUCUUCCUUUCUCUGUGCUUAUUUAGUGUUGCCUGUGCAAUGAUCACAUGGCAAGUUUCACUCACCGAGGCACGAAGAAGCAUUCACUGUGAAUGCAUCAAAGAACAUACUACUUUCUAUACUUCUGGGUGUUGUUUAUGUGAAAUUUUGAGCAUCUCAUGCAAUCUUAACUCCUCUAGCUGCUCAAGAUGAUGUUGUAAUGAAAUUCUGGUUCUGAUGCUGUUUAAUCCCCCCAUCACAGCUGACUUUGUGAUCUAUCUGAUGGGUGUGAAGGGCUCUAGAGAACUGGGAAUAAGACAUUGAGUUUUGUUAGUGAA